CACUCCACGCAGCUCCCCGGUGCGCUGUCAGUCACCGCGGAGCCUGCCAGAGGGACAGCGCCAGCGCACAGCUCCACCGAGGACCACCUGGCAGAGGAACUGUUCGAGUUCAGGUGAAAGACCCCCCCCCUCAGACCACCUGCGAGCCAUGGAAGAAGAAGGGCCCCACGCAGAGCCCGCCAGCGUGUCUGGAAGCACCCACACCCUCCCACAGCUGCAGCUCGAGACCGCGGAGCUGCACAUCAGCCCGUCCUCGGCCCCGUGCUCCCCGACCCCCACCGGGACCCUCACCCGGCACGGCCCGAGGAGCCCCAGCAGUCCCCCGGCGGCCCCGGGCCCCUCGAGCCCCGGCCAGGUGAGCGCCAUCACGGUGGUGGCGCUGCUGGACAAGCUGAAGACCAUGAUGGAGGUGGUGCAGGAGAACCAGCAGAGGAUGGAGCAGCGGCAGUCCGACCUGGAGGGCGCCGUGCGCACGGUGCAGGGCGACGUGACGCGGCUGUCCAAGGCGCACCUGCUGACCGCAAACAGCGUCAACAAGCUGCUGGAGCGCUCCCGCAAAGUCAACGGCAACGUGAAGGAGGUGAAGGAGCGUCUGGACUGGCAGGCGGUGCAGGUGAAGAAGCUGGAGGCCAACCACAGCCGCCUGCUGAAGAGGAACAACUUCAAAGUGCACAUCUUCCAGGAAGACAACGAGAUCCCCACCAGCGUGGUGGCCAGGGACUUCGCCAAGACCCCCGUACCAAGCCAGUACGACGCAGAAUCCAGCAUCCAGCCGGCUCCGUCUAUGACGGGAUCUGUCGAAGCCCUUCAUGCUCAAAACGAGGGGCUCCAGAAAGUCAGCCUGUCCUCGGAUGAGGACGCCGACCUUCAAGGUGCUGCGUCCCACAAAUAUAACGAGGAUGAGCUGGAUUACGAGGUUGCUCCCAUCAAAUUUGAACGAAGGUCUGACAAGUUCAAACGCUCCAGCCUGAAGAAGGUCGACAGCUUAAAGAAGGCCUUCACACGAGAGAAGAUCGGAGAGAGGGUGACCCAGAUCACCUCCAAGAUUGUGCCUCCAGAGAAGCGCGAGAAACUCAAGAAGAGCUUCACCCCCAGCCACCCAAAGUCCCCAACCGCCAAGGCCUCCUCUUUUAAGAUUUCACCAAUGACCUUCAAUGUCAAGAAGGUCAGAGAUGGGGACGCGACGUCUGUUCAGGAGAUGCGAUCACCUGAGGAAGCCCAUGUGGAGAUUCCUACUCUGGGAAGUCUGGAUGGGAAGAUUUCCUCAGGGGAGGUGCACGUCCAGGAGGAGGUGGUGACGGAGGUCCGGGAGGUUGUGACGGAGGUCCGGGAGAUCGUGGUUCCGUCUAAACCGGAGCGCGUCAAGGCAGAGGUGUCCGUCAACGGAAAGUCCUCCAGUGUUGAGCAGGAGAUCAACGGCGAGGGGUUGGCUGGCCUGGCGGUUCCAGAGCACGAUGAAGAUGUUGGCGAGGAGGAAGAGGAGGAGGAAGAGGACGUCGGGAAACAGAAAAGUCCUGUUGAGGUGGCAGCUGAAGUCCAGAUCACCACAGAAACGAUCGCUGUGGAACAAGUGUCUUAAAGCUCCGGCUCCAGUUUUGCUUCUUAUUCUUCUUUUGAGUUUCUAAAAUUACAGAAAGCCUAACAGACACAAUGAUCCUUCCUCUGUAAACACGCGUGUGCUUUUCCUGACCCCCACAACCUUUUGCUUCCCUAGUCUGAACUUCUGCCUCUGAGUGUAAAUAUGUUCACAUGGUGGAAGCUCCUGAAGAGCUCAGAUUGAACGUCCCGCUGCAGGUCCUAGUUGCCAGGUUGUGAUCCACCAAUAAUCCACCAGAACUCUUUGACUUUGUGCCCUUUGCCAGCAUGGGUGCACAUCUCCAGGGUGCUGGAGUAACCAUCUUCCUCCUGUCGUCUCCUUCUGCCUCGGAUUCUCCGUUCCUUGAUGGAAAAACAGCCUCUUUUGUUUCGAGUUUUCUGGAUAGUUAAAAAAAAAAACUACAACAAAAAUAAAACCUGGCAACGCGACCACAACCAGUCAAGCAGCGGGUUGCCAGGUUGUGCUGGAGCUGGAAUGAGGUGUUUUUGUGUUUUCAGCACAACAGCACUUGGGUGGGUUUUUUUCUUCUUCUUUUAUGUGGGUGGGUUGAGGUUGUUUACUGUUUUUUUUUUUUCUUCUUCUUCUUCUUCCCCGAACCGAGGAAGACCAGAUCCAACCUAACAGGUGAAUUUGGUAAUCCAUGUGCCUUUAAACCGUCUUCUGUUACAACCGAGUAACUGUACGAUAGUCCCUUUGGUCAGAUCCGGUUUCCUUUGUUCCUGAUCUUUUUAACUGAUAACCUAUUAAGAACAUCAUAUGAGCUGUUUGUUGUAGUAAUAUAUUAAUGCUAUCAAAACUAGAACAACUGUAAAGUAUUCUAAUAUCAUGGGAAACAGUUAGCUUAGGAAUUGUAAAAGAAUAUUAACAAUAUGUGUUAGAAGGCAGAUAACGUCAAAAGUUGUGUGGCAUUACUCUGGGAUGUAAUUAGCAUGGAUGUACCUGUACACUGAAGUCGCAGCUCUGUAUUGCUACUGGUUUUAGGGAUCUCCAUUCUGUACGGGUUUGGUUCAGCAGCAUAAGGUAUGAAAAAGCAGAAAAUAACCUUCAAAAAACUAGAGAAAACGAAGCAUAAUCUUCCUUCGGGAACAUAAUCAUGGCUAAAUGGUGCCCUACAGGUAAUAUGCCCCACAAUAAGAUUAAUUGGGUAUGAAAAUAAAAAGAUACUGCUCUUUAUAAAU